AUAAAAUGCGAAACUGCUGAAAGAUGAAGCAAAAAUAUUGACUUUGAGAGUGAAGUUUACUAAUAGUUUAAUACGCUUAAAAUGCGAAUCCAUCUGCCAUUCAUAAAAUUAUUUUAUCUGAAUUUUAGCCCAAAAUGGUAUUCAAUUGUUAGUAUUGCGACAGUUAAUGCUUUGAAUUUCUUCAUGUUUUUCAUAUUCUUCUUCAGCUUGCUUCUUCUGUCACGGCACCGUUGUGUCGAAAUUUAUGAGAUAAAUCCUUCGCAACCAUUAUCAGAGGGACAAUCUAUUGUCUCCCCUGGCCAUGUUUUCGAAUUGGGAUUCUUCAGUCCUAAUAAUAAUUCCGGUAAUAAUAAGUACGUGGGGAUGUGGCACAAGAGUAUAUUUCCUCGAAAAGUUGUAUGGGUGGCCAACAGAGAAAAGCCGAUUGCAGCUUCAGACACCUUGGCGAAUUUGAGAAUAAGCAACAAGGGGAAUCUGGAGCUUGUAGAUGGAAAACUGAAUUCUCUUUGGUCAACGAAUAUUUCGGUGCCAUCUAAUGGUUCAGCUGCAGCUCUUUUAGACAGUGGAAACUUUGUCGUAAAAGAUUAUGAUGUAGGAGCUGAUCCAUUGUGGCAGAGUUUUGAUUAUCCUAGCGACACACUUUUGCCAAGUAUGCUGCUGGGGUUCGAUAACAAAUCAGGAGAUACAAAAUUCCUGACUUCCUGGAAAAGUGAGAGUGAUCCAUCGAUGGGGAUGUUCUUGGUUGUACUGACACCAGAGGUGCCAUCACAGAUUGUAAUCUGGAUUAAUGGAUCAACUCCCUACUGGAGAAGCGGGCCGUGGGAUAAAUCAAAGUUCAUCGGGCUACCAUGUACGAAUGAUGGGUAUCUAGGUGGAUUCAUUUUGGAUGAUAAUGUGAGGCAAGGACCAAAGUAUUAUUCUUAUAAUUUCGGGGACACUUUGGCAUACUUUGACAUCUCUUCAGACGGUAUAGUUAAGCUUAAGUGUUCAGAGCGUGGAGAGAACUGGAUUCUUAACUUUGUGGCACAGAACAGUUCAUGUGAUAAGUAUGCAGCAUGUGGACCUUUCGGGAUUUGCAAAAGUUCUGAAUCUCCAACGACUCCAAUAUGCAAGUGUUUGAAAGGGUUUGUACCGAAGUCACACGAGGAAUGGAGCAAGGGAAACAGGACAGGAGGGUGUGUGAGGCAAACCAAAUUGGUUUGUGAGACUAAUACAAACCAGUCAGUUGCUUCGAGAAGAAAUGAAGACGGGUUUUUGAAGGUGGUGCGGUUAAAAGUACCAGAUUUUCAUGAAUAUAUCUGGUCUUCGGAUGCAGAAGAGUGCAAAACGAGAUGCUUAAAUAAUUGUUCUUGCCUGGCUUAUGCAUAUGUCAAUAAUAUAGGGUGUUUGGCCUGGUCCAAUGACUUAAUUGAUAUACAGGAAUUUGCCUAUGGUGGACAAGAUCUUUUUGUUCGUCUGGACCGCUCAGAACUAGGUGAAGGAAAGCCAAUAAAGUUAAUUGCCAGCCUCACAGCGAUUUGUUUGAUUUGUAUCUUGGGCGCCAUAGCUUUUGGUUUCCAGACGUUGCGAGCUAACAAAAAGGGAAAUGGCAGAUUAACUGAUACAAUUGAGAACGCAAGAGACACUCUUCAAGAAUAUAUUAGAAAAUAUGAUCCAUCGGAGCUAUUCAUCUAUAAUUUUGAUAGCAUAUUAAUCGCAACGAACAAUUUCAGUAUCACAAACAAACUUGGGGAAGGAGGAUUUGGCCCUGUUUACAAGGGUAAGCUGGAAGAAGGGAAGGAAAUAGCAGUAAAAAGAUUAUCUAGUAGCUCAGGGCAGGGCAUGGAAGAAUUCGAGAAUGAAAUGCUGUUGAUCUCCAAACUCCAGCAUAAAAAUCUUGUUAGGAUCAUGGGUUGCUGCGUUAAAGACGACGAGAAGUUACUGAUUUAUGAGUUCAUGCCAAACAGAAGCUUGGAUACUCUUCUAUUCAAUCCAAUGCGGAGAGCAGUGCUUGAUUGGGGUAGAUGCUUCAAUAUUAUUCAGGGUGUCGCUAGAGGGCUUCUUUAUCUUCAUCGUGAUUCCUAUUUGAAAGUAAUACAUAGAGAUUUGAAAGUCAGUAACAUUCUCUUGAAUGAGAAAAUGAACCCAAAAAUUUCAGAUUUUGGAUUGUCACGAAUCGUUGAAGCAGCACAAAGUCUAUCAACUACUCACAAGGUUGUGGGAACACUUGGUUAUAUGUCUCCAGAGUAUGCCAUGGGAGGAAUAUUUUCUGAAAAAUCUGAUGUCUAUAGCUUCGGCGUCUUGCUAUUGGAAAUCAUUAGCGGCAGGAAAAGUACCAGCUUCUAUUACAAAGAAGAACAGCAAGGCUUCCUAGCUUAUGUAUGGCACUUGUGGAAUGAAGGCAGGGGAUUGAAAUUUGUAGAUGAAGUGUUGGCGGAUUCUUAUUCCUUAUCAGAAGUAACGAGAUGUAUGCGUAUUGGGCUUCUUUGCGUGCAGGACAAGGCCGCAGACAGGCCUACCAUGCCAGAUGUAGUUUUCAUGCUAAGUAGUGAAAAGGAUCUUCCACCACCAAAGCAGCCUAUAUUUACUAAUUUCGAAAACUUAUCAGUCUACGAUCCUCACCCACAUACCGAUGCAUCACAAUGCAAUGAAUUUCGGUCAUGUUCUUAGACCUACGAGUCGAGUUAAUCUCAGCCACAUCAGUUGCUAGGUUUGGUUAUAGACUAGUCAUAGUCUUCGUCUAGUUUAUAUGUUGAAUAGUCAGAUUGCUUGUCAAAAUUGGUUGUACCUACUCGGAGUUCGUGUUGAAGCAUCUUACAUUGUAUAAAAUGUCAAAUUAUUAGAGAGAUGGGCCAAAGCUCAUUUCCAACAGUACCGAUAUCAUCCACAACUUGUUAAUUAUCACCUGUAUAGUCUGAUAGAUGUGGCGUUUUACCACAAAAGACCUCGGUGUUAGAUGGAAUGCAGUUGAAAUAUUUAAACUCUUCUUUCUUUCUUUCAGCAGCUGAUGUGGAAUAUUCAAUUUAU